AUGUCAAUGGAUACAAUAUCUAUAUCUAAAUUAAUUAAGAAAUCAAUUAAUCAAAAAUUACCUCCAAAAUUAUUCAUAAGUUUAUUUAAUAAAUUGAUUAAAAAACAAUCAAUUAAUAAUGAAGAAUUCAUUAAUGAAUUAUUAAUUCUUGAUUAUGAUCAACAUACUUGUUCUUCUUUUUCUUCUUUGAAGCAACAUAAAUGGAAUGAAUAUAAACAAACUUUAAUAAUUGAAUUAUCAUUUAGUAAUGUUGAAAAUAAUCAUUUAUUUUGGAAUAAUCUUAAUCAAAUACCUAAUAAUUUACAAUGUAAAUAUUUAUCGAAAAUCACAAAACUUUUAUCACAUCAAUCACAGCAUUAUGAUAAAGAAGUAUUGAAAAAUUUUAUUAAAAAUGAAAUCAUUGAUUAUGUAAUGAAAUAUACUAGUAUCACUAGUAUCACCACCACAACCACCACAACCACCAGUAAAGUUUCUGGUAAUGUUUUGGAAAAUAUUGUAUUAUUAUUAUCGGUAUUAAUUGAUAAAUUUGAAAAAUAUUUACAAGAAGAUACUACUAAUUCAUUUCAAAAUUUCAUUGUUAAAUUAUUAUCAUCAUCAAAUUUAUUAUCAUCAUUAGUUAAUGAUGAUGGUUAUUUAACUAAUUAUUUAUUAAAUAAAUCGAAAAUUAUUUUAUCAAAAAAUCAAUAUGAUCAAAUUGUUAAUGUUAAUAUUAUGGUAAGAACUGAACGUGAACGUGAACGUGAACGUCAAGCAUCAAUUGUUGCCCUCAACAAUAACAAUAUCAUCGAUAUUAGAAGUGGUAAUACUAUGCAGCAGCAGCAGCAUGUGAAUGUUGCUUCAUUAAAAAUGGUUAAUCUGAUAGAUGAAUACUAUACUAAAAUGAGACAAAUUUGGAUUCGGAAAAUUUUCCAUAAUUUUGAAUAUGAUAAUAAUAAUAAUAAUAUAUUAACGAUUUUUAUGGGAAAUUUUAUUCCAUCAUCAAUUCAAAGAAAUCCUUAUUUAAUUGCUUAUGAAUUUAUUAAAACCAUUUUUGGAUGUUUAAAUAUGAAAGGUUAUUGUUUAUUUAAUGUUAAAAAUUAUAUUUUAACAAGAUUACCUAUAUUAUUCAAUAAUUUUCGAUUUAAUAAUGAAGAUAAUCUUGAAAAAGCUGUUAUUGAUGCAUUGAAAAGUAUUGAAUUUGAUGAUAAUGAUGAGUUCAAACAACUUUUUCUUAAAGGGUUUAGUAUCACUACCACUACCACCAAUGAAGAAUCAGUGGUUGGGUUUAAUUUACGAGAAAAAUUUAAUGGUAAACUUCUUGAUAUUAAUAGUGAGUUUACCUCAUUAGAAGAAUCAGGAUUAAUAGAAUUUAUUAAUUCAUUAGCUUCAUCAUCAUCAUCAUCGUCUUCUCCUUCUUCUUCUUCUUCGCCCACAUCCACAACAAUAAUGUUUCGACUGGCUAAAUUACAACAAGAAUUCACUCAAUUGGUUUUAAAUAUUAUUGAUGAAUUGAAAUAUUCUAGAGAUUUUGAAAAAUUAAAUCGAUUAAUACUUGCCAUUAUGAAUAAUAUUGAAAUUGUUAAUAUUAUACUUUUCAAUAGUAAUCUUUCAUUAUUAUAUAAAUUGAUAGAUAUUAUUGAUUCAUCAAAUUUUACCACCGACGAUAAUGGCAAUGGGAAUGAUAAAAAUAACGGUAAUGAUAAUGAUAACAAUAACAAUAACGAUAACGAUAAUGAUGAUGAUGAUAAUGUGGGGGUUGAAAAUUUCCAAGAUUAUUAUUCUUAUUGUGGUAAUUUAAUAAUUAGUGUAAUUACCAUUGUUGAGAUUUUCCAAAUUGAUUUAUCAAAAUUAGAAAUAAAACUUCUGAGUGGCAGUAGUGAAUCAUUUAUAAUUGAUUAUUUAAAUAAUUUUUAUUAUCGAAUGUGUGAUAAUUUAGUUAAUACUGAACCAACAAAUUGUGAUAAUGAUGAUCGAAUAAUUAUUGACAAUUAUAAUAAUUUAAUGAUUGAUUGGGUCAAUGCAUUAUUUGAUGAUAGAAAUGAAGGAUUAUCUGAUGAAUUAAUUAAAUCAUUAAAUAUUAAACAAAUUUAUAAAAUUAUCCCCAUUAUUUAUCGACAAGGAAUUAUUGAUACUAAUAAUAAAAAAAUUAAUUGGGAAAUAUUAAAUAAUGGGUUAGAAUAUUUAAGUCAACCAUUUCUUACACCAAUAAUCCCGAUAAUUAUAAAAUCAUUAUUAAGAGAUUUCACCAUUGAUAAUGAUUUAAAAUUUAAAAUCAUCAGAGAAUUAAUUAAAGAUAAUAACAACAACAGUAAUAAUAUCAUUAUAAAAAUGGUGAUAAAUAUUUGUGGUAAUGAAAUACUUACAUUUAACCCUCCAGCAGAUAUUAGGGAAUCAAUAAUUAAAACUAUGGUUUAUUUAGAUAAAUCUGAUCCUAUUGCUAGAGAUAUUAAUUUUAAAGAAUUUAUUAAACAUCAAUUACUUGGAGAUAUUCAUAUUCAAAUUGAAGAAAAUUUUUUGAAUAAAUAUAUUUUAAAUAAUCGAUUAAAUUUUAUAUCAAAUUUAAUUGAAGAAAUUUAUAAUUUUCAAAAAUUUAAUCAUGAAGAUUCAAAAAUUUAUAUUAAUUUAAUGAUUUUUAUAAUGUUAUUGGAUUCAAUUGAAACCAAAUCUGAUAAAGAUUAUUGGAAAAAGAAUUUCAAUUUGCCAUACCCAAUGAAUUUAGAAACAAAUGACCUGGUGGUGGUGGUGGCGGUGGAUAGUAGAUUUGAAUUAAGUAUGGAUAAUCAUUAUUCUUCAAUUUUUAAUGAUGAUUCUAGGUCGUCAUCAUCAUCAUCAUCAUCAUCAUCAAGUUCCAACAGUAAAGACGUUGACAAUUUCUUAAAGAAUGGAGAUGAAGAUGAAGAUGAGUUUAUGAAAGAUGAUAAUAACACCAAUAACAACAACAACAACAAUGGUGAGAGAAUAACUACAAGUCAACAAUUGGAAAAAUUAAAUGAAAAAAUUCAUCGACAUGAAUGUUUACUUAAUGAAUUUAGAAAAAUUCGAACUAAUACUACUGAAACUAAUUUAUUUGCUAAAUCAAUAAGAUUAUUAAAUGAUAAAUUAAUUGAAAAAAUAACCAAUUGGACCAUCUAG